UAACCAUAACAUACAAAUCCCAAAUUAAAAAACUCAUUUAAUUCUCCACGAUGUUACUUCUGCUGACACUACUGAUCACCUUAGACACGGUGUUGCCGCUAUCGAUGGACACCAUAACCGCCACUCUGACGAAUUUACCCGAGGAGUCCCGAUACAACUUCACACAACUUGCCAACAAGUACAGUCUGCAAGCGAGAGAGUACGACAUACUCACCGAAGACGGGUAUAUACUGACACUAUUCAACAUUCCAGGAGACAAGACGAGGCCUGUUCUGCUAGGACAUGGCAUCUUCGGCACAUCCGAUAUAUUUCUAACACGAGGGAACACCUCCUUCGCCUACAUCCUGGCGGGAGAAGGAUAUGACGUGUGGGCCUUGAAUGUUAGAGGUACUAAAUAUUCCCGGAGGCACGUGACCCUCGACCCUGAUAAAGACAAAGCCUUCUGGAACUUCAGCAUCCAAGAGCACGGUUUCUACGAUCUGGCUUCCAACAUAGAUUUUAUUUUGGAGAAGACUGGUCAAAAGUCUCUCAGCAUAGUCGGAAUAUCUGAAGGGACCACAAUCACCUUCAUUUUGGCUUCAACGAAACCAGAAUACAAUGAGAAAAUUAGAGUGUUCAUAGCUUUGGCACCAGUUGUGUAUUUACAAAACUUGAGUCCACCGUCAUCAACCGUGAUGCAGUUUAGCACUGAGAUAAACUAUUUGCUUGAAGCAAUUGGCCAAGAGGAGGUAUUUGGAUACAAGUCUAUAUACAAAGCUAUCUACAACAUCAUAUGCGCGCAGAAGAUAGGCUACGACCUAUGUCUUAGAUUCGGCGUGUUCCCCGUCACGGGAGCUGAUUCAGCCGAACUAGAGCCGGAAUUCUUCAUCGCCUCACUAGGUCAGUUUCCUGACGGAACAUCGAGGAAGAACCUCGCACAUUACGCGCAAAUAGGGAAGAAUAAACGAUUCGCGCAGUACGAUUACGGACGCGAGAAGAAUUUGGAGAAGUACAAUUCAGAUUUACCACCAUUGUAUAAUCUAACGAAGGCGACGCUUGACACAGCGUUGAUAUGUGGGAAGAAUGACAAGAUCUCGACGUUAGGAGACGUGGAAAUCCUCAGGAGGCAAAUACCAAACCUGAUAAGUUAUAGAGUGAUGGAGCCGGAGUUCUUCAACCAUCUGGACCACGUGUGGGGUAAAAACGUGCACAAAAUAUCUUAUCCUUUCAUACUUAAAUUGUUGAGUAAAUACAAUUAGUAAUGUUGAAAGAAAAACUAUAGUAUAAUUCCAGAAUCAAUAAUGUUUACUAAAUAGUGUUUGGUAUUAAUGUCUGAUCCAAAGUGUUUUAUUGAAAGAAAGUAUUUUUUUACAUUUUAU